AUGGAAGGAUCUGAGAGGAAUACAAACGUGUUGCCAGCCAAGCUUGGGAAGCCCAGGGUGGUUGGUGGCCGUGCCGCCCCUGCGAUGUCGUGGCCCUGGCUGGUCAGUCUGCAGCACCAAGGACAGCAUUACUGUGGAGGUGCUCUGAUUGGGAGACAGUGGGUCCUGACAGCGGCACACUGCAACUUCAGUACUGUCACAGACAACCUGGUAAUAGGAAGAAGUUACUUGUGGAACACACGAGACAGAGAUUUGAUACCAGUGAAAGCUGUAUAUACUCACCCCAGCUUCACACAAUUUCCUCCCAAUGAUGAUAUAUGCUUGCUGCAUCUGGAAAACCCUGUUGAACUAGGAAAGUUUGUAUCUCCAAUCUGUUUGCCAGGGAAAGAUGAUAAAAUAAAUUUACUUUCCAAAUGUAUGACUGCUGGAUGGGGAAUAACUGAACCUCAUCAAGAUGAAUUUCCUAAAACUGUGCAGCAGGCAAAGGUACCACUGAUUAGUAGUACAUCUUGUCGAAGCUACUGGGGACUGGAUAUUAAAAAUACCAAUAUAUGCGGAGGGGCUGCAGGAUCAUCGUCCUGUAUGGGAGAUUCUGGAGGACCACUGCAGUGUGCCCAGGAUGGGCAGUACAAGCUCAUCGGUAUUGUGAGCUGGGGCAGCAGUAAUUGCCAUCCUGACGCACCAACGGUCUUCACCAGAAUUUCUGCUUAUAGAGACUGGAUCACAUCUGUCACUGGAGGAGAAGCAUGA